AUGUCAGAUUAUAUUCCAGACCAUUUGCUUGCCCAUGUGCUCUUGAGGCUGCCGUUUCAUUCUCUGCUACGGUCUACGUGUGUAUCAAAAUCAUGGCGUGCUUUAAUUGAUAGCUCAGGCUUCAUCAAGAUGCAUCUCAGCAAAGCCAACCAAGAAGCGAAUUCCCCCAAUGGGAUCAAAAUUAUUGCCCUGAACCAAGACAAAUUAUAUACUUCAGAUUUGGAUCUUGAAGCUCAUAGCUCUAGUACUAGUGUACUACUGCAAAUGCCAAACAGCUCAGCUGCCCUUCUGAUCAUUACUGUAGAUACGGCUCUGGGUGAUCGAAGAAUAUGGAGUGGAAAAAUCUUGGACAAAGUUAACUUCAGUUACAAUACCUUCAGGACUGAGCUUUCGAAUCUUAACACCUUUAGCUCUGUCGAAGAACAAGAGCAAAUUGGUUUUGCAGAUUCAUGGAGAAAAGCUUGUUAUUCAUGA